UGAGGAAGUGAGGCAGGAGAAAGAGGAGAAAGGUCGACCUAAGAAGUGACUUUAAGUAUUAUUUAGUAAAAGUAGGCAACGUUAAAAUGCUAACUAGUUGUCUACAUUGAAAAACGAGCCGUUACGGUUAUUAGCAUAGGAACAGACUAUUGCGUGGGCAAUUUUUGAUAACAUUAUGGUGAACAGAGGCUGCAACUAUACACUGGCUAGCUAAUGGCUUAAUUUUAAAGGCGUUAGUCUUUCAUGGCAGCCCUUUUUCCCCGCCUGACUUUUUAAAAUGGACUGUUUGAAAUUUACAUGUGGGCUAAUACACAGACUCAUGAUGCUGGAGGAAAGCCGCGGUCCAGUGCUUGAUUGGCUGGGAAGUUCUAGCUAGCUGUCUGGUGCUGUACGCAGCGGCUUCAAUGGAUAGGUCAACACCUGAUGAAGAAGAUGGAGAGCAGGCAGCCGGCUGGAUUAACGAGACUGUCGGGUCUAAAGCUGCAGAAAUGGAAGUGAAAUCCUUAUAUGACACAUCAGGAGCGACAUCAAAAGUUGGAGAACAAGACCCUCGUAUGGACCUUUCGGCCCCUGAGCUCUGGAGAGGGCUGUUGUAUCAAGAUGAGCAGAAAUCAGAGAGGGAGGCUGGACCGACGAUAUCAAGCGGUGUGAUGUCUGAAAGUCAAGCAGGAGUCAUUGAGCCAGAGAGGGAUGCUCCUUCUGAGUCUCCCCCUAGCUUCAUGGACACCUGUGGUCGCUCCAUCUCCAGCCUCUCCUCCUCCUCUUACUCCACACAUUUUCUCCAUAGCUCCAAUUUUCCCUCAUCCCCAUCUUCCUCUUCACCCAUCUUGUGUCUGACUCCACCUUUGCCUCCUUCUGUGGAGCUCACAGAUGUGCUGACUGAUACAAGGCUGACCCUGGAUGUGUACCAGGGAGGAGCGGCUGCACUGCCACAGCUUUGGGGGUCUGUACCAGAGCAGGUGAGGGGAAUCAAGUACCUGAGGCUGGGCUCCGAGGAUAAACAUGGGCUGGAUGGCGCACUGGAUGUGCUGUCUCAUCUAACAGAGCUGCGAUCGCUGGCCAUUCGGGGACACUGCUUUCAUGACCCACAAGGUGAUCCUUUGCCCGGCCUCCUCACCACUCUGCCUUCAUCAGUCUCCUCCCUUUGUCAUUUGGUGCACCUGGAUCUCUCCUUUAACCAACUCUCCUCCAUGCCCUCCUGCCUUCUCAGUUUGCCUGUGUUGUCCUCUUUACUCCUCUGUCACAACCACCUUACAGCUUUGCCUCCUAAUGUAGGCCAGUUGUCCUCCCUCACUUACCUCUCCCUCCUGGGGAAUGAGCUGGUCUCUCUUCCUCCAAGUAUCGGUCAACUGAAAGCCCUCCAGACCCUUGAUGUUUCACAUAACCUCCUUCAGAAUUUACCGGAUGAGGUUGGUUCUAUGGAGGAGUUGAAUAAGCUUGAAUUGUCUCACAACAAGCUGAAGCAGCUACCAGAGAGCAUGGGCACUCUCUUCUCUCUCAGGGAGCUUGUCAUCUACAGCAAUGACCUCCGCAUAAUCCCACACUGUGUGAACAAACUGCCUCUGCUGAAAAUAGACGUGCGUGACAAUCCUUUGGGACGACCCCCUACACCUCCUCCUCUCCCUCCUGCACCUGACAAAGCAGAGACAGAAAUUCCUGAGUUGCACCUUGGAUUUAAUCAGCACAGUUUCUGUGUUUCGUCUGCUGGGUGUCAUGUGUUUCUCCCAGGGGGGGCUGAGCUGCUGUUCCCCCCGGGUUGCCUGGUGACGACCAGAAGACUGGAAUGGCUGGAGAAGCGUCCAGAAAAGAAAUGGGUGCAGCUGGAGGAGCAUGACAUCCUACUGAGUCGUCCACUGGAACUCCGCCCUCAUGGGAUAAGCUUUCUAAAGCCUGUAGAGGUGUGUGUGCCGUAUCAUCGGCCUAAAAAAAGAGAGGUGGUGAUGCGGAGGUUUGACGGACAGUCUUGGAGCACUCUGACCACAGCUCUACGGAGAGGAAGCGAGAGCCACAGUAGCCAUCCCGGUGGACGUCCAGCCAGGCUGGCCUGUUGCACAGUGAGCCAGUUCUCCUGGUUCAUGGCGGUGUCCCGUCCAGUAAAGGACAGUUGCUCCCUUACACCAGCCGGAGCUCUGCUUGUGAGCAGCUCUGAUCCUGGAAUAAAGCUGCACUUCCCUCCAGAAUCCACCGUGCAGACCCGCACUAUUACAUUACAGGUGCUGCAGGUGUCUGUGUCAGAGGUGCAGGCACUAUGUGGUGAUCCUCAGGCCAGUGCUAGCCCUCUUCUCUGCCUCUCCCAAACUCCCAGCAUUCAAUUCCUGCUGCCUAUCAAAGUUCAGAUCCCUCUUCCAUCAGGAGUCACAGGCCAUACAGUCGAUAUGUCCCAUUUGCAUCUGUUACACGGAGACCCCUCUGCACAAACCUGGACUGAUAUCACAUCUCAGGUGUCUCUCUACAUCACCCAUUUAUAUGCUAUUUUCUACAUCACCCAUUUUUCCUGGUACUGGCUUUGGUACACAACUCAGCGCUGUGUCAGUGGGGUGGUCAGGAAGGUCUAUCAGAGACUAAAGCAGUUUAAAGUCCAGUUCCUUGUUCUUCAGAGAAAGACUGAUCCUUCACAAGUUAUGCUACAGUGUUUACCUGCUAACAAGGUGGACGACAGAGUGCUGUCUUUAUCUGAGCAGUAUGAUGGACCUCAGCCUUCAGACGUUUGUGACCUCCUGGAAGGAGAGCAGUUCUUUGCCGGCUUUGAGAGGGGCUUAGAUAUCAGCUCAGAGAGACCAGACUGUAUGGGUGGAAGACUUUGUUUUGUCUUUUACUCCAGCCUGAAGAAUUUAAAGGAAGUUUACAUCUGUGCUGCUCAGGGUCAGAAGGGCCCAGUGAGAGGACAAGUGUCUUUUUACAGAGGAGAGAUUCCCAAUGAUUUGCCUGAGGAAGUGGCGAGAAAAAGGAAAGGACAAGACAGUCAGUGGCUUGCAACUUUACCACUAAGACUUCCGGCUCUGAACUCAGAAAACAAUUUCAUCAUGGAAGAGCUCCAGUAUCCUGCUCUGAACCUCGGUGACCCUGAGAGUGGAUACCUGACAGAAGCCAACCUGCUGUCCAUCUCUCUUCAGAUUGGUCAUGACUGGCGUGUUAUUGGCAUCAAUCUUGGCCUAAGCUACCAGGAACUUGACCGGAUCCAGUACAAGUACAGAGACAACCUGGGAGCUUUGGUGCUGGACAUGCUGUUCCUCUGGGCGCGGGGUCAGGGGGCUGCAGGACCAGGGGCCGUGUCGAGACUGGUGGAGGCAAUGAUAGAGAGCGGCAGGAGGGACCUGGCAGAGGAGAUUGAGGACAUUGUUAGCAUUGGAAAGAGAAAGUACUCCGAGUCACUAAGGAGAGUGGGGCUGGAAGCAGAAAGCUCCUCGCUUGGUGAAACACAGCAGUAGAUAAACUCACGCUGGGUGCAGAUGGCUGACUUACAGUUGAGUGACCUGUUUGUUUACAACAUGCUCCCCAUCAUGUUGAUCUCUGCUGUCCAAACAACUGUCCUUGAAUACAAAACCUCACCUUUUCUACAUCAUGGCAGAAACAACAGCAGCAUCUUUGACAUACAGAGGAUUGUGGAUAUGAGUAAACUGCACGUAGAGGACCUUUGGAUUUUUUUCCACCCCUUUUUUAAAGCUCUCAUAGUAUGCAGGACAAUACUGUGAAGAUUUAGGUAAACCAAAAAAGAGAGAGCAAAGAUUUGAUGAACAGUAAAUUUUAAAAAAGUAAAUAAUUACGUCAUAAUAAUAAAUACUAUGUUAAAAUGUUAAGAUAACUUUUUAUAUGCCUCAAAACAUUAUCCACUAUUUUGAUAAAAAAAAAAUUGGAACAAAAAACAUAGUUUUGGAAUAACAUGCCUGAAAUAAUUGCCAACCUUUUUUAACAAUGGAUUGAUUAUUUCUGUAAAUCACAAGCAAAAAGUCAACAAAUGCUUCUCCAGUUAAUAAAAAUAAUCAAAUGAUAAGACAAUAAAUACUGAAUCAAAAUACUGAGAUAACUUUAAAAUAUUGUCAGAUUUAGCAAUAGAAUUGUAACUUAAAGCCAAAUGUUUGCACUACAUGUCUGAAUAAAAUGUUUUCCCCUU